AUGAAUGAACAGGUCGAACACCUGGUCAACAAGACUUGGGCUAAAUUCUGCUCUACCCCCGAUGACGCCCGCCUCAUGAUUGCCGUCAGCGGCAUCCCAGGCUCCGGCAAAACAGCGCUAGCCAAUAUCAUGACUGAACGAAUCAAUAAGAUAUAUGCCUCAGAGAACCUAGGGUCAACACCAAUUGCCACAACAAUUCCAAUGGACGGCUACCAUCUUACGCGGGCGCAGCUAGCUGCCAUGCCAGACCCAGGAUAUGCGUUUGCACGACGCGGUGCAGCCUUUACAUUUGACCCAGACAAAUUCCUAUCACUUGUACAAGCACUUCGGGAACCAACUGCUUCGGGUGCGAAAACUCUCUACGCACCGAGCUUUGACCAUGCAGUCAAGGAUCCAGUAGAUGACGAUAUUCCUAUCCCACCGACGUGUCGGGUGGUUUUUUUCGAGGGUCUAUAUCUCAGUCUAAAUAAGAAGCCGUGGGAUACGAUUGCUGAGUUGAUGGACGAGUUAUGGUUUGUGGAUGUGGAUUUCGAGGUUGCGAGAAAGAGGUUAAUUCGGCGACAUGUCAAGGCCGGGAUCGUGAAAGAUGAGGCAGAGGCAGAUAAACGUGCCCGGGAGAAUGAUCUGGUGAAUGGGAAGGAAAUAUUGGACUUUAGAUUGCCUGUUCAUGAGAUUGUUUCGAGCAUCUAUGACCCUAUCUGGGAGAAGUCGUAA